CCAGCAGCAAACACACAUUCCUGGAAAGACUGCACCAAUAGACCCAGCUGAGCUACCAAGUUGAGAGACUUCAGACCAGAGGUCCAUCAUCUCAGCGCAGCAAAGGAUCGUCUUUGGCUUCCAAUAAGUUAACUUUUUGACCCAAAAUGGGAGAGCCCGACCACCUCUUGCCUUUUAAUGAAUACGGAGAGUACCACAACUUGACAGAGCUUGCCCACCUGCUCAACUACACCUUCAGCUACUGCAGAUUGGGGCUGGAUGAGAGCGUGAAGCGGGUGUUCCUCUUUGUCCUCUACCUCAUCAUCUUUGUGGUGGGGCUGGUGGAGAACCUUCUGGUGAUCUGGGUAAAUUGGCAGACCCGAAGCCACAAGAACCUGGUCAACCUCUACAUCUUCAACAUGGCCAUUGCAGACUUGGGAGUGAUCCUCUCCUUACCGGUCUGGAUGCUGCAAGCCAUGCUUGACUAUACCUGGCUCUGGGGGAGCUUCCUCUGCCACUUCACCCACUACUUUUACUUUGCCAACAUGUUCAGCAGCAUCUUCUUUCUCACCUGCCUGAGCGUUGACCGCUAUGUGUCCUUGACAACCUCCUCCCACUUCUGGCACCGACACCAGCACCUGGUGCGACGCAUUGCUUGCUGCUGCAUAUGGGCCUUGGCUGCCAUCGUCCCUUUGCCAGAGGUGUCCCACAUGGAGUUAAUUGACAGCACUGAGCCAGUAUGUUUCUUCAUGGCCCCCCUGGAGACCUACGACAUCUGGGCCAUUACCCUCACCCUGCUCACUGCCUUCAUUGGGUUCCUCAUUCCCUUCUCCAUCAUGGCAGUCUUCAACAUACUGACAGCGAGGCACAUCAAGCGCAGCAACAAGCCUGAGAGCAGGAAGCACUGCCGCGUCAUCUACGCCUACAUUGCCGUCUUCCUAGUGAGCUGGCUGCCGUUCCACCUGGUUUUGCUUUUGCUGACGCUCGAAGGUACCAGCAUCUUCCUCCACUGCCACUUUUUGGACUUCCUCUACUUCUUCUACGAUAUCAUAGACUGCUUCACCCUUCUCCAUUGCGUGGUCAACCCCAUCCUGUACAACUUCCUGAGCAAGAACUUCAAAGGGAAGCUCAUCUCUGCUGUGGUCAGGUACAUCCCCAAAGACCAAAUGGAUCGAAAGGGGGGCGAAGGUUCCUCUUCUAACACCCAACAUUCCAUUGUCAUAGCAAAAGAGAACACCUUGCCAAAUUAAAAGUGUGCUUGAUUUGGUUUAUUGCUGUGGUUCCACAACAUGAUCCUGUGUAUUCAGACAUUCUCUCGCUAGCAAAGGGCAGUCUUCAGUAAGAACCUCCCUGCAUACACAUCAGUGCUUCUUGAAAUCUUGGGAAAGCAGGGCCAUACAGGGUGAAAUGUGGUGAUUAUAUGCUGCUGUGCCCUGUGUUUUCUAGUAACCCUCAUCCAAUCCCCCACCUCAAAAAAAUAACUAUGGAAAUAAAUGUUCUGAUUUCUGCUA